AAUUUAGUGCGCGUUGCAUUUGAUUUCAUCUCAUGAUAGAAGUUACUUAGUUCAAAGGUCAAUCAAGUGCCAUUAGGAAGAAAUGGCGACAGCUGAUGUUGCGGUGAUAGGAGGAGGAGUCGUCGGCUGUGCAGUUUUCUUCGAACUGAACAGGCUCGGCUUUUCGUGCAUUCUUCUCGAGAAGAAUAAAGAUCUUAUGUCAGAAGCGAGCAGUGGUAACAGUGGUAUGCUGCACACUGGCUUUGAUGCACCAAAGAAUAGUUUGGAGUUACAUUGCAUAAAACGGUCUCAAGAAAGAGUACUUGAUGUCUUUGACAAAUUGGGUGUACCCUACUCAAAGAAUGGAUCUGUAAUGGUUGCUUGGAAUCUGGAACAGGUUUGUAAACUCGAAGAAAUCCUGUCAUCAUCUUCAGAAAAAUCCAUUCAAGGCCUUUCUCACUUGACGCUGACAGACUUAUAUCAGAAGGAACCAAACCUAAGCAGGAGAGCUCAAGGUGCACUUUGGAUUCCAGAAGAAACUAUAUUGGAUCCUUUUAUCUAUGGCAUACUGCUUGCCCAUCAUGCAAGGAAAAAUGGUGGACAGAUUUUGACAAACUGUGAAGUCACACAGUGUUGUGUAUCUGAUGACAACAAGAAUGUGUUGGCAACAACAAGGGGUCAGGUGACAGCCAAAGUUGUCAUUAACUGUGCUGGUCUCUUUGGUGACAAGGUUCAACAGCUAGCUGGUAUCGAUACAUUCACGAUCAAGCCACGGAAAGGACAAUUUGUUGUGUUUGGACAGAGGGCUGGUCGGCUGAUUAACUCCAGCAUUCUGCCUGUCCCUUCAGACAAGUCAAAAGGCAUCAUCAUCUUCAGAACAGUUUACAACAACUUAAUUGUUGGACCCACAGCUGAAGAUGUGGAGAGCAGGGAGAGAGCUCCAUUAGAUGAUGCUAUAACACUCCGUCUCUUGGAGUAUGGACACCAGGUAUUACCGGAUCUCACAAGUUUGAUGCCUUGUGGGCACUAUGUGGGCCUCAGACCUGCCACACAGUUCAAGGAUUAUCAGAUACAGGGCUACAUGGACAGAAACUGGAUCACUGUAGGAGGUAUCCGAUCGACUGGAGUGUCAGCAUCACUGGGUAUUGCUGAGUAUGUUGCGAGCCUUGUCCAGAGAGAUAUGAUGGUGGAACCAGUUCAGAGCUCUACCAGUGCCCUGGAACAUUCUGAAUGGAGUGUAUUGCCUGAUGGCAGAUUACUGGUGGGGGAGUUUGCCUAUGGGAUCACCCAUCCAAUCACACAGUAUGGCGCUUCAGAGAGAUAUCACCUCAGCAGAUUGUAGUGCAUUUUCUUCAUAUAGAGAAAUGCAGUAGUCUUCAGGGGGACAGAUAGUUCUUAAUGAUGGUGGUAGUGGUAACAGCAUUAUUUGAAGGUUUUGCUAAUAACUAAAAAUUGUGGGAAGUGCCUGAUAUUAACAAGACAAAAUUUUAAAAAAAAAAUCUGUUAAUUUACGGAUAAGGGCACAAGAAUUAAACAGUCUAUGAAAGGGUUAAAUUUAAAGAUGGA